AUGUCUAUCCUGAAGGCCCAUUAUCUUCUAUGGUUCGGCUCAUUGAGUGGUAUUAUGCCAUUUGUGACAGUGUUUGCCACCGCACAUACCAUUGCCACCUACGAAGAUAUUGGUCUCCUAUACUUUGUACUACCAUUUCUUGUAGCGAUAAUCAAACCGCUAUUUUGCUCGAUUGCUGACCGCAACGGUUCCCACAAAAAGAUACUAUUAUUGUUUAUAAUCGUUACAAUCAUAGGAUAUAGUCUACUGUUGCUUAUAAUAUACAUUAAAUUGGGUGUAAUCUCAUGGAUAUUAUUGUGUUUAUUAAUAUUGUUGGCCAACACUGGACAGGGAGUUGUCAUUUCACUUAAUGAUUAUAUUUGUAUGAAAGAGGUAACAGAAUUAAAUAAAAGUUAUGGACAGUACCGGGUUUGGGGAACUGUAGGCUGGGGUACCGGUGGAGUGAUCGCCGGUCUUAUUAAUGAAUAUAUUACUCAAAUGCCAUAUCUAUUGCCAGGACUACUGAUGUUUAUAGUGAUUGAAGGAACCGAUUUAAUGCUUAUGUAUUUUAAAUUUAAGAGCAUAACAAACCAGUCGGAGGACAAUAAUUCAGAAAUUGUUGCAACUUUUGAACCAAAACACAAACCAUUGGUGACAAUAUUGAAAAAACCAUUUAUUGCAACCGCAAAGUCUACUCGACAUGUGUUUCAUCUGUUUCGACACAACCCAUCGAUAAUGCAAUACAUUGUCAUUAUUUUAAUCACCGGUGCGUUGACAGCCUUUCACUGGUCCUACUAUUUUGCAUAUAUUGAAAAAAUCAGAGGCAAAGACACAUUGCUUAUGGGGUUAGCCCUGUUUGUCGAGUCUUUUGCCGGUGAAUUGCCUAUUUUUAUCAUUGCCAACAUUAUACUUAACUAUUGUGGGCCAUCUAUUUCACUCAAUAUAAGUUUGGGUGCUUUUGCCUUUCGCUAUUUCAUCUAUGGAUUUGUUAUCAACUAUGGGAACACAUAUUGGGAUGUCCUACUCAUCGAAGUAACUCAAGGAUUAACAUUUGGACUCUUUUAUACAGUAAUGACUGAUUUGGCACAACAUUAUGCUAAUCAAGAAAAUGAGAGAUUGAGAAAAGUUAGGGAACAACUUAAUGUUGAGAACAGGGAUGAUAAAGAUGUAUGUAUUGCCAAAGCAGGUGAUUAUGAGCCGAGAAGCUAUGCAACAAUGCAAGCCAUAAUGUCAGCAGCAUUUGAGGGUAUCGGUCUGGGUAUCGGUGCUUUAAUGGGUGGUUAUCUCAUACAAAUUGAUACAUUCCUCAUCUGGAAAGUGGGGGCUUUUCUCGCAUGUUUUGGUAUAUUAUUUAAUAUUGUUGUCGAUUCUCUCAAAUAUUUAUACAAU